GCUCUGCUCGGGCGGGGACGCGCGGCCCAAGCGAGCCAUGGCUGUGUGUCUCGGGAUGCUGCGUCUGGGGAGACUGUGCGCCCGCAGUCUGGGGGUGCAGGGGACCCGAGCCACCCUCUCUCGGGGUUGGCCGGAAGCGAAGUGGCCAUAUAUGCGCGCUCUCAGUUCCAUCGAGAUGGAGCGCACUACCCCCCUGCCUAUUGGAGGCCUUAGCUACGUUCAGGGCUCAACCAACUUCCAUCUUAUCGACCGGACUGUGGGUGGGUGUCUGGAUGCCACAGCACAAAAGUUCCCUGACCGAGAGGCCUUGGUCAUUGUCCAUGAAGACAUCAGGCUGACUUAUGCACAGCUCAAGGAGGAGGUAGACAAGGCUGCUUCUGGUCUCCUGAGCAUUGGUCUCCGUAAGGGUGACCGGCUGGGCAUGUGGGGACCCAACUCCUAUGCAUGGAUUCUAAUGCAGCUGGCCACUGCCCAGGCAGGCAUCAUCCUGGUGUCUGUGAACCCCGCCUACCAGGCCUUGGAACUGGAGUAUGUCCUCAAGAAGGUGGGCUGCAAAGCCCUUGUGUUCCCCAAGGAAUUCAAGACCCAACAAUACUACAAUAUCCUGAAGCAGAUCUGUCCGGAACUAGAAAAGGCUCAGCCGGGGGCCUUGAAGAGUAAGAGGCUCCCAGAUCUGACCACAGUCAUCUUGGUGGACGCCUCUUUGCCGGGGACCCUAUUGCUAGAUGAUGUGAUGGCAGCUGGUAGCUCAGAGGAUCAUCUGGCCCACCUCCGGUACACCCAGCAGUUCCUGUCCUGCUUUGACCCCAUCAACGUCCAGUUCACCUCGGGGACCACAGGCAGUCCCAAGGGAGCCACCCUCUCCCACUACAACAUCGUGAACAACUCCAACUUCAUAGGCCAUCGCCUGAGACUGCCUUUGAAGACAACAGAGGAGUUGCGGUUUGUCCUGCCCAACCCCUUGUACCACUGCCUGGGCUCCGUGGGGGGCACAAUGAUGUGUGUGCUGCAUGGUGCCACGCUCUUCCUGUCCUCUCCAAGCUUCAAUGGCAAGAAGGCGCUGGAGACCAUCCACAGAGAGAAAGGCUCCUUCCUGUAUGGCACCCCUACAAUGUUCGUGGAUAUUCUGAACCAGCCAGACUUCUCCAGUUAUGACUUCUCCAACAUGCGUGGAGGUGUGAUUGCUGGGUCACCUGCACCCCCUGAGUUGAUCCGGGCCAUCAUCAACAAGAUGAACAUGAAGGAGCUGGUGAUUGCUUAUGGAACCACAGAGAACAGUCCUGUGACCUUCAUGAACUUUCCAGAUGACACUGUAGAACAGAAGGCAGAAAGCGUGGGCAGAGUUAUGCCCCACACAGAGGCCCAGAUCUUGAACAUGGAGACUGGGGAGCUGGUGAAGUUGAACACGCCGGGGGAGCUGUACAUCCGGGGGUACUGCAUCAUGCUAGGGUACUGGAACGAGCCUCAGAAGACCUUUGAAGCAGUUGGGCAGGACAAGUGGUAUCACACAGGGGACAUUGCUGUGAUGGACGAGCAGGGCUUCUGUAAGAUUGUGGGCCGCUCCAAGGACAUGAUCAUUCGGGGUGGGGAGAACAUCUACCCUGCAGAGCUUGAGGACUUCUUUCACAAGCACCCACAAGUGCAGGAAGUACAGGUGGUCGGAGUGAAAGACCAGCGCCUGGGGGAGGAAAUCUGUGCCUGCAUCCGGCUGAAGAGCGGGGAGAAGACCACGGAAGAGGAGAUCAAAGCUUUCUGCAAAGGGAAGAUAUCCCAUUUCAAGAUUCCUCGAUACAUUGUGUUUGUGGAAAAGUAUCCUCUUACCAUCUCAGGAAAGAUCCAGAAAUUCAAACUCCGAGAGCAAAUGGAACAACAUCUAAAACUGUGAAUCAGCGGGAGGAGAGGUCCUCCCCACUGCUCCGCCAGGCCCCUGUCUUUGUGAUUUGGCAUAAAAAAUUAUUUUGUUCGA